AUGGUGUUCCAGAAUCAGAACAACACCAUCGUGAAACGGCUUCAGGAUCUCAAGCUAAUUGAUCCGUAUCACGCAUCGAGAUUGAAGACCUACAAAGCAGUGUGUCCUAAAAUCUAUGGUCUGCCCAAGGCACACAAACCCGGCCUUCCAUUGAGACCUGUUGUACCCUGCAUGACCGCGCCGACUCUCAUGAAGCAGAGCAUCUUCAAACACUGGGACGAGAUCAAGAAACAUACAGCUAUUUGUCUUGAUCUGUUCUGGGAAGUCACAGAGUUCUGUAUAGAUGCCAGUUAUUUCGUGUUCGAAGGGACGUAUUAUCAGCAAAUCUUCGGUACAGCAAUGGGAAGCCCACUGUCGCCGAUAAUUGCCGAGUACGUGAUGGAGGAUCUUCUGGACGAUGCAGUAGCCGCCACCACCGUGGUCAUUCCGUAUCUGAAAAAGUACGUUGAUGACCUUUUCCUGGCGCUCCCAGUCGAGAAAAUCGAAGAAGUACUCAACGUCUUAAACCAACAAAACACGAACAUUCAGUUUACCGUCGAAAAGGAAGAAAACUGCCGACUGCCCUUCCUCGACUUGCUGCUGGUACGCCAAGAGGACCGCACAAUCAAAACAGAAUGGUACAGGAAAGCAAUCUCGUCGGGUAGAUUCCUGAACUACCAUUCAGGACAUCCGAUGAGUCUCAAGAUGAACGUCGCCUUCAACUUUGCCAAACGGGUCCUCCGGUUUUCAACAAAUCUGAGUCUGAAAAAAGCAAAAUCAAUAAUUUUCGGGCUCCUGAGGACAAACGAUUACCCCUCGAACAUUAUCAAUCGUAUAAGUGGUAGUCCAACCGACGAAACAGCUAUGAAACCGGAACCUAGGCCGGAACCCAGAUCCACGCGCGGAACCUACACUGCAGAAUUCACAUCAUCAGCUGCCAGAGCAACGACGUGA